CCGUCAGGAAGGAUUUUUCGGCGCACCGCAAAAGUAAUGGGUUAUCAUCAUUUCAUAACGUAGAUGAACUUGGUUGAAUGAAAAUUCAUCUCGAAAAUGACCGAGGAGGACGGUAAGAGCAAAGGGCUGAAGGUGAUGGGGAUCCUUGACAUCCAGAAUACGCCGUGUGCUCGGGAAUCUCUUCUACACGGAGCCGGCGCUUCACUAGUCACAGGACUGCUGCACUUUUUGGCAACAAGUCGAGUGAAGAGGUCAUUUGAUGUGGGUGUCGCAGGAUUCAUGCUUACGACUCUGGGCUCAUGGUUCUACUGUAGAUAUAAUAACGCCAAGCUGCGUGUUCAGCAGAGAAUCAUUCAGGACGGCAUGAAGAAUAAAGUCAUUUAUGAAGGCACAAAAUUGGAUCCCACACGGAAAAAUUCAGAGGAUUAGUUGAAGUCCCUUGUCUGAUGCCUUUAAUGUGAAUGCCACUUUAUUUAUUGCAUAAUCAAAAAUGUUAGAUGUUUGUAAUAAAAAUGUUUUAAAGUUAAACAAAUGCUUCUUAUUUUUAUGUUAUGAAUAUGUUGUAUGCAGAAUGUCAAGUCAAAGCAACAAGAAGUGCUUUUUGUAAUGACAAGAUUUUCCCCAAGUUCUGAUUUGAAGUAAAAAUACAGAAUAAAAGGAGAACGCUGAA